AUGCCAUGCGAGAAAUGCGAGGCAAAGCUCACCAGACUCGUGACGCCGGACGUUAAGGAAGGCUCAAAGCGUGCAGUCGGCGUCAACAAACUCAUUGAAAAAACUACGAAAAAGGACAAAGUUGUGAUUGUUGGAUCCAAGUGCAAGGUUUGCAGAACGGGACUUCACAUGAAGGGGAAAUACUGCGCGCCGUGCGCUCACAAAAAUGGCCGUUGUUGGAUGUGUGGAAAACGAAUUGUCGAUGUUUCCAAGCAUAACAUGAGCCUCGUGUAA